AUGAUGCCGGGAGGCUCGCCAGUUCCGUCACCGGCUCCUCGCACAGGCCUGCUGUACCGCCCGAAUCCUGCAAGUAAAUUCCUGGAGGCCCUGAAGCGACACACGGAAGAAGCUGAAAAUAAGAAACUCUUUGACUCCGUCCCCUUGUUUCCCCUUCCGUCAGCCACUUCGACCGUAUACACUGACACUGUGGUGACGAUUCAUCCGCUCGGGGCAUCGACAGCGCGUCUCGAGGUGUGGAACCCCAAACAACCGGCAUAUCCGAUACUUCUUCUCUGGGUCUCUCUGGGCAAGCAGGGCGAGCUCCUUUUGCCGUUUGCCUGGAUCCAUCAGAUUUCUGUUACUUUCGUUCCUCGUGUUUCUUCCCUGCAGACCAAAUUAGGAGUUCCCCAGAACCGCUACGUUGUCCGAGUCUCCUCGCGCCUUCUUCAUCCCCAGUCGAAACGGGUUCUCGUAGGCGCGGCGCUGUCCACUGCGGCUGUCCACCCGAUCUUCGCGGCGCACAAUUUCCUCGUCGUGCGACUCCCGGCAGAGACCAAUUCCGGCUCUGGAAAAGAGGGAGACUACCAAACCUACUUGCUGGAGAAAGAAGUUCCCUCCGCCGCUCCUCCGAAGCCGACGAGCACUCGGGCCACUCGCCCCGCGCCCCCCGCGUCGCAGAGUUCUCCGUUCCUGUCCCCAGGAAGGGUGCCGGGAGGCCGCAGCGCCGGCGCCAACUUCGGUGUUGAACCGGACGCCAGCGGCGCGGUUGGAAACAGCGUGACUCCCCGCUUCCCCUCGGCCCGUUCAGUGGUCUCCCUCCAGAUUCCCGAGUCCUCGUCAGCGCCCUUCUCUGCGUUUCGCUCCGCCGCACCGGUCCCCUCUGCAUUCCCCCGUCCCACUGGGCAGAGCAGUCAAAGAGAACAGGGCGGGACAACCCACAUCGAGAGAAGCAUCUUAGAACACAUCAACGAUAUCGCACGGUGCUCUUCCGGCUCGCUGGGGGGCGGCCGACCGACUCUCGAACUCGCCGCCUUCCUCCAGGGUGACCCGCAGGCGAGGCUGCACUGGACGUCCCUGCCUUACCUCCGCGCUGAUGGUCCCCCUGGGACCGUUGCUGCGCGUCCCUAUUGCGUGGAAACGGCACCCAUAGACUUUGGACACCCGGGACAGCGCACCUCAGAUCUUCAUGGACACCUCAAGGCUAUUGAGGAGACAUUCGAGGAAGAGCGGGAGGCCCGAAAGGCCAAGCGGGAAAAACUGCGUGCGCGAUCGGCAGAGUGCCGAGACGAAAGCAAGGCGCAGAGCAAGGCCGAGAAGAAACUCGAAGCCAAGCAUUCUCGCGAUCCGGCAGCUUCCGCGCCUUCCCAGAUGGCGCCCGGUGCCUAUACACUGGACACCGGGUCCGCCGGCCCAGGGACGCCGUCGUUCGCGGAUGUCGGCCGAGGCCAGUAUUUCCUCUCGACACCCGUUUCGCCGUCUGGGUCGUACCGCGGCGACUCGGCUCGAAUGAGUCGGAGGGGAGCACCCAGUCCCCUUAUGUCUGAGCGUUCCAUGGGGUCCAGAGCCGACCAGGCGUUCUACUCGCGCGGCUACGACAGCAUGGUCAGGGAGAAAUCUGGAGUCCAUUGGCGAGACGAAGAUGCAUACUUUCGGGAGGGGCUGUCUGGGGAUCUCGGGUCUUCGGUCUCGCGCUUGUACACGGGGAGACAGUCUCGCUCCGCCGGGUGGAUGCCCGCUCGCUCCUUCGGCAGCUCCUUCGACACGACGAGGAGUUUCACGGGGAUGGGCGUCGGAAAGGAUCGGAGCUUCAGGGCGACGAGCAACGACUACUCGUCGACGGACGAAGGCGAUCGCGAGGCCUGGCCGAGUGGCGAUUUCGCCGAGGGGUGGGCGGUCUUUGAGCGCGCUCGGCGCCGCUGGCUGCGGCGACGCCCGAGGGACGAAGACGACGAAUCUGGCGAAGAUGGCGGACGCCUCCCGAAUCCGGCGAUGCCUUCGCCCGUCUUGUUGAACUAUUUGCAGCGCAUGCAGCUGAAGGAACAGCGCCUCAAGGAUCGAAUCGCGGCUCUCAACCGGGCGGUGCCGUCACAGGAGACGAAAGUCGCCUUUGACUCUCUCUUUGGACGCUGGAUGAAAGCGACGAAGCCUCCUGUCAGCGUGGCUAUCGACGACCUCGUCGAUCAGCUCUUGUACACGAUCCCUGCGGGGACGUUUCUGGCGGGCAGAGCCAGCAAGGCGCGCAGCCUACGCCCUCGAGAGAACCACCGAGGCCAGGCGAAGCGUGUGGACACGGAGACUGGCGUUCGGAGCAGGCUCCAGUUCUACGAAGAUCUCGCUGAAAAGCUGGAAACCAAACAGAGACGCGACCGCGAAGUGGAGAAGAAGAAGAAGGCGAAAGCGGACAAUCAGAGUGACGGGCCGAAGCAAGGGACCCGACGACCGUUGACGGAACGCGUUUUCGGACAGCACCUCGGGUCGGAGACCGAACCGCAGCAGAGGCCGUCUGACCCCAGUUUCGCCACAAGAAGCCAGGCACUGCUCGCCCGCCGCCGCGCCACUUCUUCUGCUCGCCCGCAGCCGGACUGGUCGCCGCGCACGGUCUCCCACAGCGCUUCUCUCGUCCGUUUCGAGGCGCCGUCGCCCCUGUUCACGGCUUCUCCAGCUCACGGGCGCGCGUUCUUCGAGGACGCUGGGGGUAGGUCGCUUCCUUCACCGGAAUCUGCCCCAGGGAAAACACAGCAACGGCGUCGGCCAGGUGAGCACGCCCGAGAGGAAACCGCGUGCGCUACCGCGAAGCCUCGCGGGGGGAGUGCACCCCGACUCGCCCCUGCUCCUAGGACUCUCAUGGACUGGAAAAAAGGAGGGCGGGGAUCGGAGUCAGACGUCGCUGAGAGGGUCCAAGUGCCCUGGGCCUCGGAUCACGAGCUAGACUGCGGCGACACGUCAAUUUCGUCUGAAUCAGGAGACUUGCCUCGAGGCGUCGCAGGAGCCUCUGCUGUCCGGCGGACCUCUAGGGAGAAGCGGCGCAGCGGCGAUGGCCAAAGGGAAAAACGCGUCGAGUCAGACGAUGCUGAGGCGACUCGGGGGCCUUCUGUUGAUCGAGGAGACACCAGAGGCGCGUCCCCUCUGGCCUGGUCGCGAGCAGGACCGCGAGGAGGCGCCAGGGUCCGCUCACACAGAUCGAGGACAUCGGAUGGCGACAAGCGUUUUCAGACUUUGUCUCUCUUGCUGCCCGAGAGCGCACAAGGUGACGGAGGUCGCGCGGCCCUCAAAAUUCACGUCGAACUGAGCGUCAACCCGGAUGGAGGUCCAGCAGAAGUAACCAGUUCGGUUCCUGACGCCCCUCCCUCCGCCUCUCGUCCCACACGCUGCAGGCUGCGCUCGAACUCGCGCGCCUCCUCUUGUGUCGACGACGAAGCGACAUACGCCAGGGACGAAGAACGCUGGCGCCGAUUCACCGCCGCUCUCCAGUCCAUUACGCGGGACCUCGCCGGCUUAUCAGGGCCCUCCCGAGAAGGAUCUCCGGCUUCUCGUCGGCAGAAGUCUCGGCGGAGAAGGUGGGGAGCGCGCUCGGACUCCCCUGACACAUCUAGGCAAGGCACGUCGGACAAAACCCGUGCCUCGCCACUGUGGAAACGCGAAUGGGCCAGGACGGCGAGCAUGGGUGUCGCGCCUCGAUCGCAUCCCUCGGUCCGAGCUGCAGGCUCUCGUCUCCACCGUCUGGCGGAUCCGCCGACCCCCGUCUCUUCUCGCGAGAGUUCUACGCGCGGCUUGAGUACGAACAGAGAAUCCGAAGGGAGUUGGUUCUCCACACGGGGCAGCAGCAUGCAGAGUUCCCCGUCUUCCUCUUUGUCGUCUCCUGCGUUUCGCUCUGACGCCCUCCGGGCUUCCCACAAAGACGAAGUCUUGGCUGAUGCGAACCACGAAGCUGUGCGCUUGUCGACGGCGCGUUCUCGCACGCAGCCACGGCCAACAGCCUACACGAAAGAUUCUCUGUUCUACUCGGCGCCGCCUUCCGUCCGGGUGCAUGGACAAGGCGAAACGGUACCUCAGGACCAAGGCGCGACGCGACAGCCGCCGGCUGCUUCGCCUUCGAGUCCUUCAAAGGCAGGAGAGCCAGGCGUCUCCAAGCAUGUGGCCGUUCCCGCCGAGCUGCGAGCGUCGCCAACUGCCGCAAAAGCAAAGGGAGAACCGCUCCAAAAAGGGGGUCAGGACGCAUCUCCAGCUUCGACGGCGGACCCGCAGGCGACAGACCAGCAAGCUGGGGUUGCUCAGGUUCCGCAGGCUUCGCAACAACCCGCGCGAAAGGGCCCGCCUCCCAAGAAGCCGCUCCCCAAAUACAAGGCGAAGACGAAACUGCCUGCGCCUCCGGCGCUCCGAGAGUGCGUGCGUUCGUUGAGCUUUCGUUCCUUUUCUCGGAUGCAGAGUGAGAAAAAAGAGCAGGCGAACGCCGCCAGCAAUCAGGCAGAGGCGGACGAUCAGGCGGGGGGAGCGUCCGAGACAGCCCCGCCGACUUCAGAUCCACAGGGCGCUCCUAGCAAGGCAGCCGCGGGGAAGACCGCGGAAAGCCUCAAGGAUGCGAAGAAGGAAGCGAGUCAAGGCGCAGAAGCUGGGAAGGCUGGGGUGCCGAAAGAAGAGAGUCGUCAGGAGGCGAGCGCGUCUCCCGGAGAGAAGGAAAAAGCACGGCCCACAGAGCCUGGGGAAGACAAAGGCGGUGCGACGGCGCCGGUGGCGGCGACAGGCGAGCGUGAGAAGCCCCAGGAAGACGAAAACCUGCGGAAAGCGAUUGCGGCGGCGGAGAAGGGGAAGAGGGAAGCAGACGCUGCAUUCGAGGCCGUGAUGCGAUGGACAGAUGUGUACCGAAAUCAGAUGGAGGCAAAGGAGUUGAACAAACCGCCGACUGCGAAGAGUGCGGAACAAACAGACGCGGUGCCGGGGCGAGACCACCUGCUCGUCUCGUCUGCGGAAAUCGAACAAGCUGCCUCGGCCAUGGCUGCAGCGAAAGAACGGAGACGGCGCGCGUCGGUGAGCACGUCUCCUAGCAGCGGCUACGCUCGGGCCUCGUCCGUGCCUCUCGAGGUGAAUGUCCCUUUUCAUCCCCUCCGGAAGAAGCCGGUCCCCACGAAGGCCCCGAGUCCCACGAAUCUCCUGCCAAGUCGCCCGCCCAAGUCCCGCGCGAAACAACGCAGCGUGCCCGACACCCCCCUGGAGAAGUGUCUGCGCGGGAUCAACGAAUUCCUCACCAACACUUCAAAGUUCCCUCGGCAGACGGAGGCCAUGUUCAGAGGCUCCGAGGGCGAGAAGAAAAGAAGAGAGUUGGAGAAGCAGACGCAGCUGCUUGUGGAGGCGAUCCGCGCCGCGGCUGACGAAGGCGGAGUCGUCUACGCGGAGAAACUGAAGGAACUGAUGGACGCUGCGCAGGACGUGGCGCAUGCACUGGACGUUCACGCGGCCUCUGCUGCCGAAGGCCUGCGAUACGUGGAAAGAGAUCGGGGAGGACCGAGCGAACCGGAAGCGACCGCAAGAGACUCUGCGAAGAGCACUCAGGACGCGGGCAGAGAACCGGCGAGCAGAACGAAGGGCGAGAAGAGAGAGGGGCGGAAACUCAGACAGAAACAAACACCUGCGGCGAAACGGAAAGAGCUCGUGGACUUUUGCGAGGACCAAACGUCGAACAUGACCGUCGACCAGAUCGCCGAAAGGGCCAACCGAGCCCUGUACCGAAGUGUGUCGGUGAUUCUGACGGAGUCCCUUCGGGCGACGCGUCGCGCCUGCUUUGUCAUGGACGGUGGAUUUCGCGUCUGGGAGCAGCUGCCGGCGCUUCCCGCCAGCAUUCCCGUUCGACCGCCGGAAGAAGUGGAAGACACCGUGACGUCGGCCGUUGUCCAGUUCAACGUUCUGCGCAAGCGAGUGGAGAAGGAAGCGAAGGCGUUCGAGGAAGAAGGUUUCAGUGACGCGUCAACCGAGCCGACGACAGGCGGUGGCAGCCGUUUCCGGAGCCGUUCGCGACGAGAGGAGGAGGGCGGUCCGUCUAUCUUCGGCCGCGGUGUCAUGCUGAGGGAGAUUGCCGACAGGCUCAAGUCCCCUUCGGAAACAGAGCGGCGACGCGCCUACCGAACUCUCGAGAAGAUGCUGCGCCGGUGUUUGAAGGAGACCAGGUUUGCAUCUGAGCCCGUGGACGACGACGUGCUGGGGCCUUCUGAAUUCGAGAGACAGUUGGCGAUGUACCGCGCGAUCGAACGCAAUUCCAUCAUGCAGCAGUUGAGAGAGAUCUGCAUAUCGGGGAAGAUCAAAGCAGAAGCGUGGGUGGACACGGACCCGACUUCGGACGACGACCGGGACUCCCACUUCACCUACCGCUCGUCUCGGGUACUCCCCACGUCGGCCGUCAGCGGUGAGGCCUCGAGAGACGGCGGCAUCGCGAAGGCGAGACUUUUCACGAACGGCGGAUACGGCGCAGAGCGGAACCUCGGUGACUUCGGAUUCGGCGCGGGCGCCAAGGAGGCAGCCGGCAUGCGGGGAGGGGGGACAGUGUUGUCGCUGUCCGUCCCAGGAUCUCCGGUUUACCACUCGACUCCCACGAGGAGCCCACCCAAACGGAAGAGCCCGGCCAGCACAGCGCCGUUUCAGGGGAACAUCGGGAAGGCGACAAACAGGCCAGCACAAACCUCGCGAGUCCAGACCGAGGUUCGGCAAGCGCCGGCGCCGUUUCACCCGCCGCUCGAAGAGCUCCUGAAGCAGCCCGUCGUUCCUACCAACGCAAAUGUCUACCAGAUUGUCGCGCACGCAGCAGAAGACAUUACGGGUCCGUCCCAGGCGGUCCCGAGAUCCCCACCUCGUUUGGACCUCGCGCCGUCUUCGCUCUCGUCUCAAGGGGCCUCUUCCGCACGCAAAGGCGUGGCGCCAGGAGAGAUUUCUUCCCCCCGAAGCGGUGUCGCUACACCGCCUGCUGAGCUGUACGCGGAACGCGUUCCUGUCUCGUCUCCUGUUAAGGGCGGCCGAGAGGUUUCCCCGCGUGACCAGACGGGCACGGAUGUAACGGGGGCGACGGGGCGGGAGAGAGACACUUCUGGGCGGCGGUCGACGUCUGGGGGUGUCCUCCCGCUUUCCGGAGACAGCCUGCGAGGGGGGGGAGACAAGGGAUCGGGUCGCGGCUCGGGCCGCGCCUGGUCCCGGUCGAGCGGCCGUGCCAGUGGGGCGAAUUACCGUGGAGACGAGAACCCGAUUCUUGGUGCGCCUUCUGAUCGAGUUCUCGUUCGUCAUCCGUCCUCGUGGCGCACGUGCUUCAAACACGCCAGGGAGGACGCUUCCAAAGCACCAGAUUUUCUUCUUCUGAACGUCCCCAGCAAGCAGCAUGGUGCGUCAGCACAAAGAAGUCGCUUCCGCCAUACUACGUCACGGCUGCGGUCUCGGACAUCGCGGAGUGUGGGUCUGGGGCGAGCCGCACGGGAUGGAGCGAACAGACGAGCCGGCAGCAAACUACAUGGCGCUAAAUACGGGCCACAGCGAGGUCCGACGGUGGUAGACGAGCGGCGUAUUAGCAACCUGAAAUUUGUAGAUCCACUGGACUUUAAGCCUCCACCUAGGAAGAAGAAACUCGCUGACACGGACUGGGCAAAGUACGGCCGUCCGGCACCUCGAAUUGCCCGCGAACAGAGGGAACAGCUGCGGCCGCAAGUGACAGCUGACGCUGACUUGGAUGCGUUCGACUGGGCCCUGGACAAGAUUUACCACAUUGUUGUGGGCGGGCACCCGGAUGAGGCGGAAAAAAAAGAGAACGAGGGACUGCUUAAAGAUGCGUCGUCCCCGGACGGCAGUCCACCGGAGGACAAAGACAAAACAACCACUCCGGCGGAACAUCCAGGGCCAGACGGAACCGCGCCGGUGAUCUCAGUGACGGCGGCGUCGCCCCUGGAGCCACAGUCCCCUGCGUCGCCUCAGCCCCCGAAAACCCCAAAUGCGGUUCACGACCACAAGUUCGUUGCUGCAGCUACCGAAACGCCGUUCGGGAAGCUUGGAAGGCCAGAGGUGCCGCGGCGGCCCCGCAAAAGUGUAGCUACUCAGGCAGGCCUCCUCUCCACGCGCCAAGCAACGUUGAAACUACUGUCAACCAAGCCCCUAGAUCUCUCCAAGGUUCAGAACCGACACAAAGGAGCACCAGUGCCCAACUUGUCCCCGGAAGAACUGAAACAGUUAGAGCUUGAGAGCGAUUUAGAAGACGACUUCUCGUAUCGCUCUGGUCGUCCGACACCUGGUGGAGCGGCCUGUACAUUGCUUCUGCCGCCCGACUCAAAAGUCUCGGCCCAGCGUCUGCCGUCGCCCAGAUCAGAACGUUCGAUGCUUCAAGACCUCAAAGAAGGGAUACAGAGAGGAGAGGAGGCGUUCCCUAUCGUUGGCCGCGCGGCCGAUCCGAGGGUGUUGGCGAAGGCUAAGAGAGAAGGCAAACAGAUUAAUGAAGCUGAGAAAGAGAAGGUACCCACGGUGAAAGUUCCACUAACGCUUCUCGAGAGCUUGCGUGAAGAAAUAACUGGCAAUGAAGGGAUGCCAUUCACACAGCUUUAUGAGGUACCCGGCUACCCUGGAGUUAAGGGGAACUUCGACGGCCUAUGGCGCAUCUGGUUGCAGCAACGGGACCGCGAUCACCAAGUUGGAGCAUGGCUGACAGACUCUGCACCUGAACGAGUGGGAAAGGGUUACAAUCUCCCGCCUUCUGGCCUCUGGCAACAAGAGAUGUUUAAUCCUUCUUUCAGCCGUUCUACUUCACCAAAUUACCCAGCAUCUGUGGGCUUACAGCCCGAGGCUCCAAUGACAGACCACCUCGGGGUGCCAACAUAUCAUGUUUCUCUGAGAAACCAAGCAUCCAUCGGCGUUCCGAGAGGCGGAUAUCCUCCUUCUGGUAGUGGGUAUGAAAAUUCCGCACUCAGCUACGAUGUUGUGCGUGUUCCUGAUGCCAACCUGUUUGAAGGCGUUGGUGGAGCACAGCAACAAGAAAUGUUUGGACGAGAACGUGUCAUGACUACCUAUCCAGGAUUAAGCAAUCCCAUGAACGAGACCAGCGAGAGUCACCUACCAGCGACGAUAGAUCCGGGGAGAAACCCGCUUGCUCGCGUUUAUUAUGGCCAGGCUGCCAACCAAUGUGACGUGGAUAAUCGCGCCAUACAAGGGCCGUUUCCUGGAUCUGAACUGAACAGGUCUUUCGAUAUUUUCUGGGAACGCAUGCAAGCAAAUGACAUGUUCAGCAAGCGGACGUAG